AUGUCGACAUCCGGAACACUGACUAGUUACUACGUCGAUUCUCUCAUUCUGCCCGAGAGCGAGGAGCUCUCUGUGCCGAGGUACCCCACCGGUCCCGGGAUCCCCGGCGCCAGACAGCCAGCCUCCAUCAGCGACCACAGCGAGCUCGGGACUUGCACCUUCCGUCCAAAACCUCCCGUUUUCGGGCCGACAUGGAGCCACGUCCCCGCUCAGUUCCCGGGCAGCGUCUCGUCUGUGUACCAUCACCACUACGGGCAUCCCCAAGGCCCGGUGGGCGCAGACACAGACGGCCGCUACCAGUCCUGGCUCCUGGAGCCCAUGUCCGGGUCUCUUCCCAUGACCGGAUUACCGACGACCCACCACUACGGAAUCAAACCGGAGGGGCUGGGAGCGCGAGGUGACGGCGCGCUGCGAUCCCACACGGCGCUGCGCCUCUCGGACUACGCCAACGGCUCCGUGGGCGACAGCAUCCCCGUUGGAGAAGGACGAACCUGUCGGUCCCAGCGGGGACUGAGCGGAGGAGGGGAGGACAAACCGGGCCUGGAUCCAAAUAACCCAGUGUCCAACUGGCUCCAUGCGAGUGCCACGAGAAAAAAGCGCUGUCCGUACACCAAGCACCAGAUCCUGGAGCUGGAGAAAGAGUUCCUCUUUAACACCUACCUGACCAGGGACCGUAGGUACGAGGUGGCGAGGCUGCUAAACCUCACCGAGAGACAGGUUAAAAUCUGGUUCCAGAACCGCAGGAUGAAGAUGAAGAAGUUUAAUAAAGAAGGCGCACCGAAAGACGAGUGA